AAGGCAACCUGGACGUCACGUCAAAUGGGAAGAGAGAACGGGAUCCCACAGCGGGAUCCCUAGCAUUUUCCAUUUGAAAAACUCUCGGUUCGAUCUGUGGGAAGUUCGAGGAGGCAAAAUGAACAAGUCAGAGUCAAAUGCUGAGCAGCGUGAGCUGAAAACAAAAUUGAAGGGUUGAAUUGUUCACUCGAAGUCGCAUUUCACUUUCUCAAUCACAUUAAGCAUUGUAGGAGAACAAGCUCACCCAAAGUUUCGUUCAAAAGGCAACAUGGAGGACAAGUGUGUAAUAAAAAAGGAUGUUACUGAAUUGAUUGGAAAUACCCCAAUGGUAUAUCUCAACCAUAUUGUAGAUGGCUGUGUAGCUCGUAUCGCCGCCAAACUUGAGUUGAUGGAACCCUGUUCUAGUGUUAAAGAUAGGAUUGCUUAUAGCAUGAUUAAAGAUGCAGAGGAUAAGGGUCUGAUUACUCCGGGAAAGACUGUCCUCAUUGAGGCUACUAGUGGUAACACUGGCAUUGCGUUGGCAUUCAUCGCCGCAGUCAGGGGUUACAAACUUAUACUAGCCAUGCCGGCUUCAAUGAGUCUUGAGAGAAGAAUUGUGCCCCUAGCUUUUGGGGCAGAGUUGUACCUUACAGAUCCUGCCAAGGGUGUUUAUGGGAUUUUUGAGAAGGCCAAUGAGCUGCUCAAUAAAAUACCCAAUAGUUAUCUGCUUCAUCAAUUUGAAAAUCCUGCUAACCCAAAGAUCCAUUAUGAAACCACUGGCCCGGAGAUAUGGAGGGAUUCGGGAGGGACAGUUGAUGCCCUGGUUGCAGGGAUAGGGACUGGGGGUACGGUAGCGGGUGCAGGGAGUUUCCUCAAGGAGAAAAACACCGAGAUCAAGGUUUAUGGGGUAGAACCAGUUGAAAGCGCAGUCUUGAAUGGAGGAAAGCCUGGCAAGCAUCUGAUCCAAGGAAUUGGUGCUGGUAUUAUGCCUAUUGUUCUGGACGUCAACCUGCUUGAUGAAGUUAUUCAAGUAUCAAGUGAGGAAGCGAUCGAAACUGCCAAGUUACUUGCCUUGAAAGAAGGUUUGCUGGUGGGGAUUUCAUCUGGUGCUGCUGCGGCUGCUGCAAUAAAGUUGGCAAGGAGGCCAGAAAAUGCAGGAAAACUCUUUGUCGUGGUUUUUCCCAGCUGUGGAGAGCGUUAUCUGUCUUCUGUGCUCUUUGAUUCCAUUAGGCAGAAGGCAGAAAAUAUGACUUUUGACUGAGGUGUUCAUGAAUAUCACAAACUGCCCAUGUCCUUUGUGCAUCUUCUAGACGACAUAAAUAAUGAGAGAUGUAGAUUGUUUGCAGUAUUUGCAGAACCUUUUAACUAUAACUAUUAAAGAGAGAGUUUGUGGUUGUUUGAUACUCAUCCUUUAACUAAUUUCGUUUGUAUGUUAUUUUUGUAUAGUUACUAAAAAAAAAAAAUUUAUGUUAGAUUUCUUAAAGAGUUUUUUUUUA